AACUCUGGUGAAAACAUCUUGAAUCAGUAGUCCGGCAGCACUGACAGCAGAGCCUCAAUUCUUUUUUGAGGUGAUUUACUAUCACACUCGUUUCGAUGUCGAAUAACACAAAUACAAUAUAACAAAAAAAUAUAUAAAGGCGAUCUACGGCACAACAUCUAGUGGCGGAUUGGAGGCAGUGCAUCAAAGUGCGCAUUCAAGUGCCCGAAGUCUGCAGUCAAGAGUGGACAAUCCUCUACACACCCACACACAGAAGCAAGACUGCGUGUGUGUGAGGCGUGUGUGCUUCUGUGUGAGCAUAUCUCGCUCGUGUGUGUGUGGUUAGUGCGUACUGUCGUCGUAGCAGAAGAGGAAGCAGCAGAAAGGAGCAGCAGCCAGAAGACGCAAGUCGCGAUUCCCUAGUCGCGGAGUCCAGGGCAGUAGCCGUAACUGUGACAGAAGAAAAAAACCAGCGCAGCAAAAACCACAUACAACCCACACACACACUAACAUACACACAAAAAAAAACAGUCAAAAAUGCAACAGCAGCAGGAAUCGGGCGGCGAGGAAAGCUGGCUCGAGGAGCAGUGUCACCAUGAAAUUGACGGCCAGCAUGAUGAAUUCGAACGGGAGUAUGUGCGUCAGCGUGACAACAAUUUAGGCACCGUCUGGGGAGCAUUCCAGGAUUCGGCCACCGCUGUGGCCCAGCUCUAUCGCGAGCGCUCAUCGAACGCAUUUUCCUCAGACACAGGAGCCCUUUGGCUGCCCUUCCAGACAGCAGCUGGCACUGUGACAACACUUUACAAAGAAUCAUGUGAUGGUCUCAAGCGCACUAGCGACGCUGCUGUACAGUGCGGAUAUCAACGCCGCACACGGGAGCUAGCAGAUUGGGCGCGCAGCAAAAAACGGCGUAUGAUACGCCGGGAGGAUCUAUUGGCCUAUCUAGCCGGAAAACCGAUGCCGCCAUUCAACACAAAUCCACAUGCCAAUCGUCGGUCACCAAAACCAGAGCAUAACCACGGCGGUGGCGGCGGACAUUUUUCGACCAGCGGAGGACCAGGCUCUGGCCUGGGCUUUCUCGGAUCUGGCCUGGACCUGCCCGGUGGCCCACUGACAGGAGCUUCGCCAUCGCAUUUGUUGUCGCCAGCUGUCGUACAUGGUGGUGGUGGCGGUGCCCCGGGGGCUGGCAUCGGCGAUGAUUUGCACACCUUCAAGGAGGCUUUGGUUUUGCGCCCACGGGGGCCGGAACUAUUUGCAUUUGUUGCCAAUGAAAUAGCGCGUCACUGCAAGCGUCCCGGCAGUCCCAUCGACGAUAAAAUGGAUAUAUGCCACUAUAGCAGUAAACGACAGCGCUUCAUGUAAUCCCAUCGUCCAAUAAGCCAUUAUCUCCAUUAUCUAUCCCAAAAUAACACACACCACAACCUUCCCCCGCAGCUCACCUUUUAAGUCGUGAUCAGGCAAUGUAGUAGAAUCGGCACUAUUUUUGGAUAGAAAGAAUCUUUCGAGAGAAGCAAGACAGAAGAGGAUGCGUUCUGAAAGCACAGACGUCAAAUGUACAAUUUUUGCCUUUUUUCAAAUCUUUUUGCAAUGGCCUUCGCCCCACACCCACACACACUUUAACCAACUUGUGCAUGUAUGUGCAGACACUUACAUGAGUUUAAUCUAGGUUUUAGUUGCUAGUUCUAAAAAAAAUACGGUCAACAAUUACGAUUCACGACGACGAAGCGGUGCAAUAGAGUUUUUGGAUUUUUUCGCACGGAUUUUCGUCGAACAGCUAUUGGAAAAUUAAUUGAUUAAGAUGAAAUAUUUUCUGGGCCAACUGUGUGUCCAAUAUAUAGACUUAGAGUUAAGCAAACAGAUAUUCGAGGAGGAGGAGAGCAGGUAGUCGCAGGCAGGACUGUAGUUAAUGUAUUAUACAAUACUUUUAGCGUGGAAAUGCAGCUGUGUAAAUAUCGUAACUAGAUACAGAAGCCGAAAGUAUAACAGGGCAGAGCAGAACCAGAACAUCAAGAUCCCCCAAUCAGUUCUAUAUAUAUAUAGUAAUAAUGUAUGCGACUUAAGUGAAAAAUUUUAUUAGCCGAUUAUAUAUUUGAUAUAAAUCAUAUAUGUUUUUUUUGUUUUUUUGCUUGUUCGUAUAGGAAAUCGCCCACUCAGCCACAUUCUCCCCCCUCCUAGACCACAUCUCCGCUAAAGGAAGGAUCUCCACGCCAGUUCUCUGGGUCGACGUGGUGUCUCUGCCCCAAGCCACAAAAAAAAGCUAAAUUCCACCUAAACUGAAAUUUAAAUAAAAAAAAAAAACAACAAAAAACGCUACAACAAGCAUUACUUAUGCGCAUGGAAGGCACAUAUACUAAAAAAUCAGGCAGAAUAUGAUAUAUAGAAUCUGUGUGUUGGUGGUUAGUAGCCCCGCAAGUUUCUAGCUAGCCAGGUUAUACAUCUAUUAAUACAUAUGUACGUACAUAUAGCUAUGUAUGUGAAUAGCAAACGAUGAUGUAACACACACAAACACACACACACAAUGCUGUUCUAUUCAGAAUAUGUAACACACACAAACACACACACACACAAAUUACUAAGCGAAACAACAAAAUGGGAAAGGCUAAGAGAAAGGAGGAAGGAGGAGUAUCAGAGAGAUGAUGGCAAAGUCAAGCGGAAGCAGAUGUCCUAUGAGAAUAAUGAAAUGUAAUUAUAUGUACUAAAAUUUAAACAACUUAAACAAAACAAGCAAAAAAG